CGAGCGUGUUGGUAUGGGUACUCGGCUGACAGGUUUCGUGGUUCGUGCUAUAGGUCUAGUACUGCCGGCGAGUGCGAACCAGUUGAUGGUACCUCUUUUCCGGGUGGUUUUUCGACAAGAAGGAAUUCUUCAUUUUUCAACGGCGGUGAUUUUGUGAGAGAACCAGAUUCGCGAUAAGAUCUGAUUGUUGGUACAGUUGCGUGUUGCCGUGUCGAGAUUUCUGUCUGCGGUACCAUUUGUUGCGGUUUUAGAAUAAUUUUAUAGUGAAAGUACUCUGCCACCGAGUAGAGUGAUUUGUUUAGAAAUACCUAAUUUGGAGCUGAGUCAUGGUCGGUGCUAAGGAAAAAAGGAUGUCAACAUUGUUGAAAUGGGCGCAAAAUACACAAGGAAAACUAAAUGGCAAAACUAGUGCGACGAAUGGAGAGCGAAAAUGGAUUCAUCCACCCGAGGCAUUACAAAAGGGCCAUAUAGCGUAUUUGGUGAAAUUUUUAGGAAAUACCGUUGUUGACCAACCAAAAGGUAUAGAAGUAGUGAAAGAGGGCAUCCGCAAACUCCGCUUCAGCCAGCAACUGAAGAAAAGCGAAACUGGUGCAAAGACGCGGAAAGUUGAACUUACAAUCAGUAUAGAUGGCGUGACUAUACAAGAACCUCGAACACACACCAUCUUACAUCAAUUUCCCUUGCAUCGGAUAUCGUACUGUGCUGACGACAAGGGCGAGAAGAAAUUUUUCUCCUUCAUCGCAAAGCAGCCAAAUCAGUUGGACAAUGAAGCGGAGGAUAGUCAUGAGUGUUUUGUCUUCAUUUCGGACAAAUUGGCCGAAGAGAUCACCUUAACGAUAGGACAAGCAUUUGAAUUAGCGUAUAAGCGAUUUUUAGCAAUGAUAACCCAACAGAAAAUCAAGAGAUUAGAGCAAGAAAAUAACGUUUACAAACAGAGGUUGCUAGAAAUGUCGCAGUUUAGCAAUAUUAAGCCGGAACUGGAUCAGUAUUUGAGGAAGCACGACAUUAAGAAUAUACUCGAAAUAAAGAAUGAAAGUGAUAAGUCAAACCAUGUGAAUAACAAUGUAGUAGCACAAACGAAUGGAACUACCAAGGAGCUGCUCGAUCUGAGUUCAGAGAACGGAGAUGCACCGCCUGUACCCCCAAGGUCAUUCGACAACACUCCUUCAGUCGGUACGAAGUUGGAAGGUCUGUUACUGAACGAGCUUGACCACGAUGACGAUUUUGACCCUAGAUCUUUCGAAAACAAUCACCAGGGUCAUAAUAAUGGGACAAAUGGCAAUUCAACGCAUCCUCCUCUCAUUGAUAUUUUUGAAAUCAUGAACAUUGUUAUGUAUAUGAAAUUUAUAAAUUUUUAA